AACUACACGUGACAAUAGAACCGACAGCCUCGGGUACUCUCCCCAAUUCCAUUCCUGCUUUUGUUUCGGAAUCCUACGUCACAGCCUUGUUUUCCACGCUUCGGUAUUGCUCGGGGGUUUAGAUCCGCGCUCCCGCUGCACAGCCCCAGGAUUAAUCUAUUAGCAACGAUCAUCGGCAGUUGUAAACACUACGAACGCAUGAUCGGCGCUAUUACGGUUCCUGAAGAACACCAAAUACGAAGGUACUAUGAGCAAGAUACUGGCGACACAACGGCCUUGUAAGGUACGAUGUGGACGCUUUCGCUUAGAUGCAAGAUGUAACCACCAACACGGCAUAUGCAAGCCACCCUGCAGCGGGCGCAUUACGGCGGAACGUGAUGCUGGACUAUAUAAACACGUGCGAUAUGCACGACGGUAAUACAUAUACAGCUGAACAUUGCGGCUAAAGACUGCAGCCUUCCUACAAUCCUUUGUCUUUCGUCUCUCUUUCUACAUGUUAUUGAUGGCCAAGUGUAGCCUGGUGUCGUGGACACUUGCACUGUCUACAUCCAGCGUUCUCGCUCACCCUCUUUUCAAUGGCCGACUGGUGUCUCGAGCAGAUGAGCUCCUUGAAGAGUACGACUAUGUGAUUGUCGGAGGAGGUGCAUCUGGUUUGACCGUCGCGAAUCGUCUGUCUGAACAGCCCAGCACGACUGUUCUUGUCAUCGAAGCUGGCCAAUUCGACCAGAACGAAGAGUUCGUCACCAUCCCUGGUCUAGCAGGCGGAGCCGUCAGCACGAAGUAUGACUGGAACACGACUUAUGCUGCAAGUGAGUACCUGGGCGGCCGCAACAUUUCGAUCUCUCAGGGCAAGAUUGUUGGUGGCUCUACGAAGCUGAACCGCAUGGUGUUUGAUCGCGGCUCGAAGUCAGACUACGAUGGCUGGGAGACGCUCGGCAACGAACGAUGGGACUGGGAGAGCUUGCUGCCAUACUUCAAAAAGAAUGAGAUCUUCUCCCCGCCCGUAGACGAAAUUCGGGAGGAAUACAACAUCACGUGGGAUGAUGAUGCCCAUGGUUAUGACGGCUACAUGCACUCGACUUACUCUCCGUACAUUUGGCCUACGACAAAAAAUCUGGUCGAAGCAACCAGCAGCCUCAACAUCCCGAUUCCCAAGGACCAAGCUAACGGAAAUGCAAUUGGUGGUUACUUCACACCUCAUAACAUGGACCCUAUCGAUUACAGGCGCUCGUCUGCGGAUGAAGCUUACUACGACACUGCUGCAACGAGAGAGAACUUUCACCUCAUUGCUGAUCAUCAGGCGACUCGGAUCUUGACAUGCGCUAACAGCACGCUCAAGGCUACCGGUUUUGCUACUUCAUCGAACGCAACGAUCCAGUCUGUGAAGGCAAAGCGAGAAGUUGUCGUAGCCGCUGGAUCUCUGCAUACGCCCCAGCUGUUGCAAGUAUCCGGCAUUGGUGAUCCUGCGCUUCUCUCGAGCAUCGAUAUUCCCACGGUUGUGGAUUUGCCAGCAGUUGGUCAGAGUCUGCACGAUCAUGUCUAUGUGAUGGUGGCCAACUCCGUCAAUACCACCAUCACACUGGCUAGCGAACUGACUUCAAAUGCCACAUUCGCCGCCGAAGCCCGCGCACAAUACGACACUGAGAAACGUGGUCCUCUAACCUCUCCAUCGGGCGACUUCCUCCUCUUCCUCCCACUCUCAAUCUACACCAACACGAGCGCCUCCAUCCACGCCGCAGCCCUCGCAUCUAACGCCUCACUCUCCCUACCAUCUGACGCCCCAACCGAAGUCGCCGCUGGCUACGCAGCCUCCUACCACUCCCUCAAUUCCAAACUUUUAGCCAACGACUCCGCCUUCCUCGAAGUCAUCUGGGCAGACGGUGUUUUGUUCCUCGGCCUACAGCACCCGUACUCGCGCGGCAGCGUCAAAGCGCCCUCGAGCAGCAUAUUCGACGCGCCCAUCGCCGACGCCGGAUUCUUGCGCAAUCCACUUGACACGGUUCUGCUUCGUGAAGCUGUGCGCUUCGCCCGCCGCCUCGUUGCCCAACCUUCUAUUGCUGAGCUCAACCCCUUUGAAGUCGUGCCCGGUGCGAAUGUGACCAGUGAUGCCGAUAUCGAUCAGUACAUCAAGAACAGCGCGAGUACACUGUGGCAUCCUGCUGGAAGCUGUAAGAUCGGCAAGAGGGACGAGGGUGGUGUUGUGGAUGGGGAGUUGAAGGUGUAUGGAAUUGAGGGAUUGAGGGUUGUGGACGCGAGUGUGUUCCCGAUUCUGCCGGCGAGCCACAUAAUGACGACUGUGUAUGCUGUGGCGGAGAGAGCGGCAGAUAUCAUUAAGGGCGUUGGUGGGGCUAUUGAGAUGUCGUAAAGGCAUAGUCAAGUUUGAUAACCUCUUCGAUUGUGCAUGUCGAGCCCGCCUGAUGCAUUGGCUACGUCGCGAAAUCAUGCUUCUUGCUCUUCGGUAGCGAGACAGCCAGUUACACAUAACAGCCAUGCCAGUGUUCGAAGCCAGCUUAGAUUGUCGAUGGUUCUGAGGUGUUCCAGAGCCUGUGCAACAUGACUGCGGAGCUGAACGUUGUCUGUCUGCCAGCCGGACAGAACGGUGAGGUACACUUGGGCAGCGUGAGCACUGAGCGGCAUGCGCCUGAGCAAGCUGGGUGUCCAAGGGCGAUUGAAAAUCCGGAGAAGUGGCUGAGGGAGACGGGGGAAGCCGGAGGCUGGUAGGAGCAGGGCACAAAGGAAGAACCCGUUCCAGG